CGUUUAAAAAAAAUAUUAAUGGCCGACUAGCUAUCGAAGCGGGUGAUCGACGCGUAUUUCGUAAAAACAAUUUAGCAUUCAGUUUUACUUCGACAAGAUUUAAUUUUGAUAUUUUUAAACAGUUUGUGUUCUUUAUAGUUUGGUGUGGUAUUUUUAUUAGAAACAAUGUUGGGUUCUGGGGAUAGCAGCUACAUCAUAAAGUUGCGCGGCUUGCCUUUCUCCACCACCGUUGAAGAUGUCCUCGAUUUUCUCCGGGGCGUCAACGUGUGUAAUGGUAAAGAAGGCGUGCACUUGACUGAGGUGCGACCGGGUCGUCCUUCUGGAGAAUGUUUCGUGGAAGUAGAGAGCCAGCAAGAUGUAGAAGAAGCUCUCAAGAAGGAUAAAGAUAACAUGGGCAAGAGAUACAUUGAGAUCUUUUCCACUGACCGCCAAGACAUGGAAUGGGCUAUAAAUGCCAUGCGUCAAUCUGAGAAUGGUGGCUUUGAUGGUAUACCCAAUGUAUCUGAUGAUAUGGGUAUUGUUAAGCUGCGAGGCUUGCCUUUUGGCUGCAAUAAAGAAGAAAUAAUCCAGUUCUUUGACGGGCUGACGGUCGCCACGGAUGGGGUCCACUUGCUCUCCGACGUCACGGGGCGGGCCUCGGGAGAGGCGUUCGUACACUUCGUAGACAAGGAGAGCGCACAAGAGGCUCUCAACAGGGACAGGGAGAAAAUAGGACACAGGUACAUAGAAGUAUUCCUGAGUUCCGCAGACGAGGUUCGUGCUUACACUGCUCGUAAUGACAGUGGAUUCCGCUCAUCACGAGGUUACAGACCGACCCCGUACGACAGGAACGACAGAUUUUCUGGAAGAUUCGGCAAUAGGGGGCGAGGUUCAUUUGGUAGGGGCGGUGGUUAUGGCGGCGGCGGCCGCGGUGGAUUCCGUCGUGCUGGCAGUGGGUGUCACUGCGUACACAUGCGCGGCCUGCCAUUCAAGGCUACUCCACAAGAUAUCGCCUAUUUCUUCAAGCCGAUCCGACCCAUGAACAUCAACAUUCUGUAUGACAACAGUGGUCGGCCUUCUGGCGAAGCUGAUGUAGAGUUCGAAUGUCACGAAGAUGCUAUGAGGGCAAUGAGACGUGACAAGAACAAUAUGGAUCACCGUUACGUCGAGUUGUUCUUGAACUCGUCGCCCAGCGGUGGCGGUGGUGGCGGCGGCUUCAAACCCAACAGGAGCUUCAGGAACAACUACUGAACAUACACAGGCGACGGUAAGCGGGUAACUGGGGAAAUGCUGACCUAUACAAACGUUCAUUAGUGGUUCACUAUGCAGUCUUUAUUUACUUCAAUUAGCAAAACACGUAUUUUUGAAAGUCAUGUAAUCAAGUAAAGUUACUUGCUGGUUAUGUACUGGCUUAAACAUAUCAAGUUAAUGUUGUUAAUGUUUUUGAUAGCAUUUUCUUUAUUUUAAUUAUUCAUCAUCUGUUUUAAAUUAUGUGAAACGUGAUGAAGACUCAAUACUAACCUUUAAUCUAGUUUGGAAGCCGGAAGAAAGAAUUAUCUUUAAUUUCUAAACUUCUGAUAACAAACUUUCCAAAAAAAUUGAGAAAACGUAGACACGCACACAUUAUUCGUCUUGGCUAGCACUACCGUGCUCCCAGGUAUUUAUUGAAAUCAUAAGAUUUUUGUCUACUUAUUUUGCUUGUACUUCUGACAGGUUAAGCUGGAACAUACGACACCAAACUUGAAUGAAUAAAGAAUUUUAAUAGCAUGCCUAAAAACAGUGAGUUAUUGUAUAAAAUCAUGUUACCUGUAAACUAAAUAUUAGACAGAUUUCCAACAUCAAUUCAUUCACAUUAAAUUUAUCUUUAUUGUCAUGUGUAGUAGGUAUAAAUUAUCAUGUGCCAAGUUAUUCGUAUUUAUAAAAGUUAUUCUCUCAGUUCAGUGGUGAACCAUUUCAUGUAUGAACCUGUCACAGCUUAUAUUGAAUACUAAUGUUUUUAUAUAUGUUAUAAUAUAUAAUGUUUGUUUAUAUCCUGGUUCAAGUAUAGUCAGCAUUUUGUCAAUUAUUCCUUUACCACCUUGAUUUCGUUGUUCAAUUAAAUGGUCUGUCAUUUCCCAAGUACAUUUUUGUUAGAAUUUUAUUAAUAUUGUAAAUUGUGCAUUUUGGAGCUUAAGUUCUAACUAUAAAGGUUUAAAGUCGCGCCUUUUACGAAAAAGGAUGAAAUAUUUAUUAUAGGUACAUUCAUGUAUUCAAAAAUGCCUUAGUUGUUCAAUAUACUAAAAAUAUUAAUUAUUAACUUUUGUGUUAGAACUUAGCAAAGAGUUUGCGAUUUAAAUCUACUGAUAUCACUCAAUGAUUUGAAAUUAAUAUUAUUUACUUUUUAACGAUUUUGACGUGUAGCUUAUAAGGUUAGUAACUUUCGUUGUUAACCAAUUUUCAGUCCAAAAAUAAGCGAAUAAGAUUGGAAAUGGAUUAACCGCGGAAUUUGCUUAGCAAUAAAAAUGUAAAGGUUUUUAACACCAUAAUGAUUUUUUCGGGUCCUUUGUCUUAAACAAAUUACCCAUAGUCUUAAAAGUCGAUGUAACACCAAUACCUAAUGUUUCAAUGUUCGUAUAAUUGGUAUAAUUAGAAUAUAUUGAAAUUUUUAAAGAUUUUCUCAGUGCCGUGGAUUCAGUGUGUAUUGCUCGAAUAUUCAACGCUACUCAAUUUUAAGUCGCGCUUGUCCUGUCAGUACAAAUUCUUUGGAAAAUGAUAGAGAUGGUACGCAACUUAAAAUUUAGUCGUUUUUCGGUAUUCUAGCGUGUGUGUCUUAAAUUAAAUUUCCUUUUAAUCGUGUUAUGCAAAGAUAGCAAUAUUUUUUUAAUAUGUGGUACUGUUUCCAUGGUAUAAAGCAAUAGUUGAUUAUAUAUUAUUCAUAUAUUUACUUGAUUUUUUGAUGGAAAUCUACGCCAUAUUGGUGAAAGACAAUUUGAAUAAAUGUAGUUUUUGUUUCAGAUGGGAUAUUAAUAAUUAAAUUAGAUUUAGAUAUUCGUCUUUUGUGAGAUUUUCCCUACAACUAUAAACGGUCUUCGAAACUUAGACAAAAAUAAAAACUAACGGGAGUUAUCACCAACUUAUCCUAAAUAAGACUUACUUAGCGGGGGGAAACACCGAAACUAAAUCCUUACCUACUUCCACUGUUAGGUGUGUGGUAGGUAUAAGUUGGUAAAAUCCAAAAAGAGGAACUUAGCUUAGGAGUUUCUUAAAAUUAACCGAGACGUUGGUGUAAACGGCGAUAAGUAUAAACAAAAUUGAAAUGCGAGAUAUCCAAGAAAUUUAAGUAUGAAUAUCUAACUUGUGUCCUUAAACAGUAACUCUGAUAAUGUAUUAUGAUGUACUUAAUUAAAUAUAUUUUAAUAAUAAUAGUUAAUAGUAAUAGUCUAGCAUCAACAACGAACAUGGAAAAGCUCACAAGAGAUUCAGUAAAAGGCUGAAAGUGUAUGGACGAUUAGUUGGUUCAAAAAUAAUGAAAAAACUGUCCUGUUUAGCUGCAAUUAGAUACAAUUAAUUUUUAAAGAAAUGAGUUAUUUGCUAAACUUGACAGUUGAUUUAAAUUAGACCGAGUAAUCGUCAAAGCUUGGCUGGGGCUUCGAAUUAUAUAUGGUUGUACAAUCAGGUUCUAUUUAUCUCUGAUGACUUAGAUCCCUUAAUAGUGCAAGCUCAUAUGUAUUCAAGCCGAAUAAAACGUCUAUGUACCAAAUAUUUCAGUAAAUUGAAGGAUUAUUUUUAUUUGCAACAUUUGUAAAGUGUUUUUGAACCUUAUUGCAAGACAAUAUACUUCUAUAUUUCUAAAAAUGUUUUAACAGUAAAACUACUGUUUCGCCAACUAUAUCUAUCGUCCAAUAUAUACUUUUUAUAUACUAAAUAUGGUACAUAGAUGUUUACCCUACACAAUUAAAUUAAUAAAUAGUUAUUAUAGUACCCUUUAAACGUGUUGGAGUGAAUUGGGUCCAAUGUUAUUUUUGUACCAUUACAGGUGAAUGCUACAGAGAAUUAUUUAAAGUUAUACCCGCACAAACAUGCAAGAGAAAAUAGACACUGCGGCUAUAAUGAUAAAGUCUAAAGUACAUAGUGUUUUUGUGGUAAUGGAUUGUACAGUCUACAUUAUUUAUUCUGUUGAUACAGAAAGUAUAAACAUUGUACUUAGCCCUUAUCAGCCCUUUUUCUAAUAAUAAUUAAACAUUAUUACUACCGUUUGAAAUAGACCUGUUAAUAUGAAUUGUGAAAUGGUGGCAUAACUUAAGUUUUUCCCAAUGAGAAUACAUGAGACUUCAUUGGGUGACCUCUGGGUUAAAAGGCCCGUAAUGCAGUUGUAAAUAUUUAUUCUUCUUCUGAUAUUGUAGGUGUCAUCAGUUGAUCCGGCUGCUAGUAUGCCCGGCCUAUCCCAUAAAAAUAAUACAAUAGUAACACAGUCCUAUGUUUGUCUGUCCAAUUCGUUACUGCUCAAACAUAAUUCUAUAAAUUGUUACAGAAUAAAAUGGUUGUUAUAGCAUACUAAACAAUACAUAGUUUAUGUCAAUAUUGUAUUUUAUAUUAAGAUCUGAAUAUUCGAUAGGAAUUUUCAAUUGUUUUCGGUAUAUUGUUGUUGUGGGCACUUGCGUCUAAUAUUUAUGAAGUACUAAUCUUUAUAUCUAUUUUCCAAAUGUUUAUUCGUAAGUCGAAGACUUAAAUUGUCCUGGUUUGGCCCUGUAGUCCAUGAGACUUCUAACAUAACUGGCAAAGUGUCGUUCAGAAUAUGAAUUUAUACUGUCAUCAAUAAGAUGUUGCUUUAUGGGUGUCUCAAAUAUCUUCAAUGCAUUUUAAACCUAUUUGUUUCAUCAUUAAGGGUUAAAAUUCUCUUAUUUUUACAUAAGUUUAGUGCUAGCCAUGACUGCCAAAGGACGUAAGUGCUCAUCAAAAUAACCGUCGCAGUGUCAUACAGAUAGCAAUUUUAUUUUUGUGACACAAAAUCUGAAGGAAGAUGUAUUUGUUUUGUGGUAAUACAUACAUACAUAAGUAAUUUUUACUUUAAUAAAUUAAACUGAUGUGAA